UUUGGAUUUAUCACUGACAAACGUGGAGACCUGGACCUUCAACACACAGGGGAUGAUGGAACAGAAGAGGAAAGACAAUGGAGUGGCUGCUAUGGCAGUCUGUUAUGAGAAAUUUGAUCCUGCAGCAUAUCUGCAGUACAACUACACUCCACCGCGAGCUGAUUUUGAGAGAAAAGACAGCAUUGUACCAUGGAAGCUGGCAUGUCUGCACAGAGCUUUCACUGAAGGUGAUGUGAGUGGUGAGCUCCUGGUUGACAUCGGUUCAGGUCCUACUUUGUACCAGGUGCUGAGUGGCUGCGAGGUUUUCAACAAGGUUCUGCUGACGGACUUCCUGGAUGUGAACAGGCAGGAACUGAAGCGCUGGCUCAGGGACGAGGGAGGAUGUAAUCUGGACUGGACCCCGUACUUACAGCACGUCUGCAAACUGGAGGGACGGCAACCCUCAGAGUGGACAGAAAAAGCUGCCAAGCUGCGUCAAGUCAUCACAGACGUCGUCCCCAUCGAUGUUCACUGCUCUCAGCCUCUGGCCCCUGAUGUCCUUCCUCCAUCAGGGGCCGACUGCCUGGUUUCCUGUUUCUGCCUGGAAAGCGUCAGCCCUGACUUACCUUCCUUCACCAGAGCCCUGGGACACACCCGGAAGCUCCUUCGGCCUGGUGGCCACCUCCUGCUCAUCGGAGCCCUUGGAGAGAGUUAUUAUUUCGCAGGGCCUGGUGUGAGGAUCCCUGUGGUCCCACUGGAUGAAGCCCAGGUGUGUGCCAGUUUAAAGGAGAGCGGCUACACUCUGAUUCGUCUGGAGGUGUACACGCUUCCUCCAGACAUGAGGGUGGGGGUGGAUGAUGUAACAGGUGUCUUUUUUCUAAAGGCAGUCAAUCAAUGAUCCACAAGUCGGUGAAAUUGAAAAAGCUGCUUCUGUGUAAAAGGUCACAUAUAUUUGUGGUUUGCACAAUUGUCUGUGUUGCGAUCAUCCAAAAGUAUUUUAAAGAAAUCACACGAGUUGAAUAUUAAUCUUUAUUAUUUUGUAUUCUUCAGGGACAGUAAGCGUGUUUCUCUAAAACUGAGCAAACACAUGAAACUCAUUUGUAUUGCCAAAGCACUUUAGCUGCGCUAGAAACGUUUCAAGGACUUUCUCCAGUAAUCACAAAAACACCUAGUACAGCAACGAAGCUCUAAAUAUUGAUAAAGGAGGAUAUCAUGCAAACAAUAACAUUCUUAGCUCUGCUAAAGCCCUGCACUCGGAUAAAUGUGUUUUUCCCCUCAAUAACCAUUAUGUGCCCUCUGACGCUGACUUUUCUUUAAAUAAAACAUUUAUUGCACAUGUUUCAA